UGACAGCCCGGCAUCACGGCCGCCCACUCUCAGACAGGCUGUGGUGACUCUUAAUUGUGUAACGUUCAUUGACGAGUCAGCACAAUGCUGCUGAGACCGAAGAGGCGCACUUAGCCAAGCAGAUGCAAUGAAAUGCUCCCAGCGAGGAGGACACAGAUGGACAGCCUAGUUCAGCCGCUCGUCGCCCAGUACCUCGCUAUGGGAUGUCAAUCAAAAGAAAUCAACCAAAACGAAAGUAUAACGCCGGAUGAAAAGGGAAAGGAUGAUGCGAGAGGGACUCCAGGAUGUGGCCCCAAGUCAAGAGUUUCUCCUCCAGUCCGUCCUCACAGGUUCCACAAACCUAGCGGGGCCCAGACCACCCCGGGUAAAUCUAUGAUGUCCCUGGGACACCUAACAAAAGGGGCGAGCUGGGAGGAAAUCAUCCAGGCCUGUCUGCAGUGUUUUGACUCAGAUGGUUGUGUGUGUGGGAGAAGCCACCUGUUGAACAUCAGCCUGACCAUGCACCGUCUCCUCAUCUCCUCCAGUGAUCUGCUGGACAAGCUCAUCGCUCUAUUUAAAAUAGCUCUGGAAAAUGAGCAGCCAGCAGAGUGCCAGAGGAUUUGCUACCUCAUCAGGCAUUGGAUCCAGGAGUACUGGAUGAUGUUCAGGUUGCAGCACAGUUUGUCGGACAGCCUGGAACAGUUCCGCGAGCUGAUCAGAGAGCAUGGACAGGAGCAUCUUUGCACUCUCUUAGAGACCAAAUGGAUAAAUGAACGGGACUGGUCGUGGAAGGCCAGCCAGAAGAUCAAAGCAAACUGCAGUAAAAAGAGGAAGGUCUCUCUUCUUUUUGAUCACCUGGAGCCCAGUGAGCUAGCUGAGCACCUCACCUUUCUGGAGUUCAAGUCCUUCUGCAGGAUAACAUUUAUGGACUUUCAGAACUACAUUCUCAACUGCUGUAUGAAGGACAUCCCCGCAAUGGAGCGUUCCAUCACCCUGUGUAAUGGUAUUUCCCAGUGGGUUCAGCUGAUGGUGCUGAGCAGGCCGACCGCUCAGCUGAGAGCUGAGGUUUUCACCAAGUUCAUCCACGUGGCUCAGAAUCUACAUCUUAUGCACAAUUACAACACACUAAUGGCUGUAGUGGGAGGGCUUUGUCACAGCUCCAUCUCCAGACUGAAAGACACCACGUCGCAUGUAUCCUGUGAGGUCACCAAGGCAUUGAACGAGAUGACCGACCUGUUGUCUUCCUGCAGAAACUAUGACAACUACAGACAAGCUUACAACAAGCGUACAGGUUUUAAAAUCCCUAUCCUCGGUGUCCACCUCAAAGACCUGAUAUCAGUCAAUGAGGCCAUGUCGGAUUAUGUGGAGGACAACAAGAUUAAUGUCCAAAAACUCCAGGCACUCUACAGCCACAUUAAUGACCUGAUCCAGCUCCAGCAGAUCCCUCCCAAGCUGGAUGCUAACAAAGACCUGGUCCAUCUUUUGACGCUGUCCUUGGACCUUUACUACACUGAGGAUGACAUCUACGAGCUGUCUUAUGCCAGAGAACCAAAGAACUGUAAAGCACCCCCAGCCACUCCCUCUAGACCUCCAGUGGUUGUGGACUGGGCAUCAGGAGUGGCUCCUAAACCCGACCCCCGAACCAUCCGCAAACAUGUGCAGAGAAUGGUUGAUUCUGUGUUCAAGAACUACGAUCACGACGAGAACGGCUUCAUUUCUCAAGGGGAAUUUGAGAAAAUUGCUGCUAGCUUUCCUUUUUCCUUCUGUGUCAUGGACAAAGAGAAAGAGGGCCUCAUCAGCAGAGAGGAGAUCACUGCCUAUUUCAUGCGGGCCAGUGUCAUCUGCUCUAAACUAGGCCUUGGUUUUGUUCACAACUUCCAGGAAACCACUUACAUGAAACCCACCUUCUGUGACAACUGCUCAGGAUUUUUGUGGGGUGUCAUCAGGCAAGGUUACAGAUGCAAAGACUGCGGGAUGAACUGUCACAGGCUGUGCAAGGAUCAGGUGGCAUUCGAGUGCAAGAAGAAUGCAAAAAUGGCCAACUCCACUGACAGUCCGACACCGAGCUCGACGCCUGUCACCGCAGGCACUUUGGAGGGUUCAGAGGAAUGUAUUUUCCCCUACCAGUCUGAUGACAGCAAAGAUUGGAGCCCAGAAUCCCCCGUCACCUCCCAUUUAGGGCCCCUAAGGGUCCACAGUGGCACCCAGACAGAGGAACCACAUCUUUCCGCUGCGGCCUCAGAGGCCACCCGAACCCAACCGUCUCUGCUGGCUCCAGCAGCACCCACCCUCACCUCCUGUCCCAGCCCUGUGCCUCAGAGAAAACACAGACACUGUGCCAAGUGGGAAAACAGAGCGUCUGUGGUGCCUAAGGAGCUGGAGGAGGACAGCAAGCCCACCUAUGAGUCUAUAGAAACAGACAACCAGAGGCUCCAGAAAUCCAACGAGACACUACGUAGAAAGCUGAAGGAUGCAGAGCGAGAGGUGGAGAUGCUUAAGACACUGCUGAAGAGACACGUUCUUCAUCCUGUGGAGGAGGACUCCUCCUCAUAGACACGUCCAUACUCUGGAUCCCCUACACGAUGGCUGCUGCUGCCCCCCUAUGGCAGAAUGUAUAUAUCUGGAACCUCUGUUCAACUUAUUUGUCAAGAAAAGUAUUUUAUCAAGAUAACCAGAAACAAGACAGUUUCAGUUUCUUUGUAAAGUGGGAUUCAGUGCACUUAGCCAGCUUUUACAUACUAAGGAUACAAAGACAAUCAAAUAAGGCCAAUCAGUAUGUCACAGGUAAUGAGGUUAAGGACUUUUAAGAGGUGUGAAUGCAUCACUUUGAAAGUUCAGAUUAUUUUGAAAGCAGCCAUAGUACAGAAAACAACAUUAACAAGGCGUUUAAGGCUGUGUAGAAUAAACAGAAUCAUUGCAAGGAGCAUACUCGCUGUAUUUUGUGAACCAUGAAGAGCAGUUGGACGUGAUUGAAGGAGUGCAGUGUUUUGGAGUAAAGAAUAAUGUGUGUGAUUAAUUCUUGAUCAUUCUUGAGAGUAGAUAUUUAUGCUAAACAUAAAAAAGGACAAUCUUCGGCAACUGGUUUAUGUUUUUUUAUCGUGUAUAUAACAGAUGCAUUACUUGUGUUUUAUUUAUGAUAAGUAAUGACAAGGGCCCACAGGUUGCAACAGGGGAACAAACGUUGAAGGUCUCAGAACUGGUUUUCAAUCUUCAUCACUGUCCCUGAAUCAAUGCACAUCAUGUUGUCAGCUCUUCUGUUAUCUUUUAGUGACUUAAACACUACAAAAAUCAGAAGAAGAGUGACUUGAAUGAACUUUUUUUGUACAGUAGACUGAUACCGUCAGUGAACUAUUUAUGCUUGUGUUGGCAUCAUAUUGAUACUCUUUAUUUUAAGGCGUUUAUUAUUGUGCGUUUCAUCGUAGCAGUGUUGUUCCAAGAACAAGAGCCAUUUAAUAUAUUAAUAAUAUAUGUUAUGUAAUGUGUGUGUACACAUUGUCAUUUUAAUUAAAUCAAGGUUUAACCUCUUUUCACAGUAUUGUUCUGUUAUUGUCAUAAUAAACAAUGUAAAGUA